AUGAAUUACAACGACGCGUUAGGAGUAGAUCCAAAUGCGAAUGAAAAUCGGGGCAGCGCAACAAUGAGUUUCAAACCGGAGCAAAUCGCCUGCCUAUGCGACGCACUUCGACAAUCGGGCAACAUGGAUCAACUGAGUCGAUUUUUAUGGUCUCUAGCACCGCAUGAUCUACUGAGCGGCAGCGAAAGUGUUCUAAUAGCUCGCGCGGCUGUAGCGUUCCAUCAAGGAAAUUACAGAGAACUCUAUGCUAUACUGGAAAGCCACAAUUUCGAUACAACAUCACACGAGACGUUGCAGGAACUCUGGUAUAUGGCGCACUACAGCGAAGCCGCUAAGCUUCGAGGUCGGGCUCUUGGUGCUGUGGAUAAAUACAGAAUCCGUAAGAAAUACCCAUUGCCUCGUACCAUUUGGGACGGCGAUCAGACGGUGUACUGCUUCAAGGAGAAGUCCGAGACACGUUACGAAGUCCUACCAGAGCAAUCGUUACCCAACGCCGCAGGAGAAACGAGAAUUGGCGAAAGCGACUGGACUUAG